AUGGAGCAAGUCCAUCGAAUCCUUGCCGAGCUCUCCGGCGAAAGCCGCGAUAUAGCCUUGCGCCGUGCUCUCGAGGAAACCGCCCGCGACCACGUCAUCGGCCUUCUUAUGCAUGAAGAUUACGACCGCGUUACCCAGUGGUACACCCACGACGUUACAAUGGUGCUGGGACUGGAUACCACACUCGACGGGGAGAUUCUCAAGGGCCACGAUGAGGUCAUUCAGCACUUUACCAACCUCCAGGAGCAGACUGACAUCGUCGUUGUCCCCGUCCUUGUUAUCGCCGAUCGCGGCCGAAUAACCGCGUAUACCGAGACGUAUUACAGGUGGCUGGGCAAGGACGACAAGGAAGACGGCGAAAUGUUCGUCGAGGAGCCUGUCGAAGCGCCCUUUGUGGGCUGGCCGGCGGUUGUUUUCGGCGAUGUUCUCAAGGUACGCGAGGUGGUCGUGUUUGACCUCAAUGAGCAGCACAUGAAGGUCAAGCGCGUGGAAUGGCGUCAGUUGGGAAUGGAACACCUUGGAGACGCCAGCGUCGACGCUCUUGCAUUGCAGAGUGAGAAGCUCAAGGUUCGUAUUCAAGGGGAUGUAUGA